UUCUCCCCAAAUCCCUGUCUUAAAACUCGAAAUACCCCUCUCAAUCUGAGGAUCCGACAUUCCUCUACACCCACUCGACUGACCUUUUCACACAACAACCUCCAACAGUAUCACCAUGUACUCCCCCCGCGUCGGCGACCCCCUCUCCGCCCUCGACACCCCGUCGAUGAUCGUCGACCUCGACCUGAUGGAAUCCAACAUCCACAAACUCUUCUCCACUCUCCUUCCGACCGGGCGCCAUAUCCGCCCGCAUCUGAAAACCACCAAAUGCGCCGCCCUCGCCCGGAAACUCGUCGCUGCCGGCGCCACGGGCUGCUGCGUGGCCAAGGUCUCGGAAGCGGAGGCGAUCACCGCCGCCGGGUUCGACGACAUCCUCAUCACCUGUGAGAUCAUCGGCGCCCCGAAAGUGCAGCGGCUGGUGGCGCUGGUCCAGAAGCAUCCGAAGAUCCGCAUUGUCGUCGACAGCGUGGUCGGAGCGACGGCCAUCGACGAGGCGCUGGGCAAGGCGGGCGUGGCGACGCCGCUGGCGGUCCUGGUGGAUCUGGACGUGGGCUUGCACCGGACCGGGGUGGCAGACGCACCAGCGGCGGUGGAGUUGGCCAGACACAUUGCGGGGUGCAAACACCUGAAGUUGAUCGGGGUGCAGGGGUACGAGGGGCACGUCCAGCAUGUGCACGGGUUCGAGGAGCGGCGGAGGGAGUGUCUCGCCUCGAUGGCGAUCUUGACGGGCACAGCGGAGGUGCUGCGCAAGGAAGGGUUCCAGAUCGAUGUGGUCACCACGGGGGGCACUGGGACGGCGGAGUUCUGUGCCUCGGUGCCUGGGGUGACGGAGCUGCAGCCCGGGUCGUUCAUCUUUAUGGAUACGGAUUAUCGCAAUGCGGUGGGGGGCUUCUACGCGAAUAGCUUGACAAUCUUAUCGACGGUGAUCAGUCGGCAGGGGAAGCGGCAGGUGACCAUUGAUGCGGGCCUCAAAUCCUUGACCACUGAUAGUGGGUUGGCAGAAUGCAAGAAUGUGGGCUAUGUGCAUGCCAACCUGGGGGAUGAGCAUGGGGCUCUCACCUGGGAGGUGGGAGCCCCCGAUCUGCAGAUUGGGGAUCGCGUCGAGAUGAUCCCCAGUCAUAUUGAUCCGACGAUCAAUCUGCAUGAUGUCUACUAUGCCCAUCGCAAGGGGGUUAUUGAGGAGAUUUGGAGAGUGGAUUCGAGAGGAAAGGUUCAGUAGAGAGCGAAUCGCUCUGCUUAAACCGCAAUUGAUUUUAGAAAGAAGUAGCUUGAUUGACGUUUACGAA